CGCCUCGCAUUAUGAUUCUGGAAAAAAGCCAAGCGUUUUAAUUCUUCUUAGGAAUUCCUAACCAGGAUCUAUUCCCAAAGCCACGUUGCACGUCAAAAUGACUGCUCUGAGCAGGAGCUUAAGCAUCCUGCAGGUAGAACCUCUGUCCAGAUGCCUCCUGAGGGCUUGUGGGCUUCAUACAACAACCAACCAGCUGAAUUCGAAUCGGACAUCCAUCGCUUGCUUUCCAAGAGCAAAGUACGCCCGGCUGUAUCCAGUCCUCCUGAUUAGGCAGGACGGAUCAACUAUUCACCUCCGGUACAAAGAACCGAGGCGUAUCCUUCAGAUACCCGUGGACCUCAACACCCUCCCCGAGGCUGAAAGGAGAAGUCGGUUAAGGAGGAAGACCUUGAUGAAAUCGAAGAAAGAAGAAGUAAAAGUUACAACUUUUGAAGAUGACUUUCAGUUGGAAUAUUACAAGAAAUUUUGGAAUAAAAAGUGAGAUUUGGGCGGGGGUGUCAGUAAGACAAACGAAAUUCUGUCUCAGCAAGUAUCUAGAAUGUUAUA